CUCUCUCUCUCUCUCUCUCUCUCUCUUGCUCCUCAUCUCUCUGUUCGUGGUACUCAUUUCUGUAUAUGGGUACGGAGGACUAACAUGGACUCUUUGGGUCUUUUUAUUCUUUUAAUGCUUCUCUUUUGCGUGUGGACAGCUGCCCCUGCUGCUGAGGAAAUUACCUGGACCUACACUGGCUUAGUGGGUCAGUCCGAGUGGGCCGAGUAUUUCCCCAGCUGCGGUGGUACUUCCCAGUCCCCUGUUGACAUGGUAACCACCCAAACUAAAUAUGACCCCAGUUUGACACCUGUGACCCCGCUGGGCUACAGUCAGCAUGGCAAUCAGCCCUUCACUAUGUACAAUAAUGGACACACAGCUGUGAUCGAACUCCCAGAAUGGAUGAGUCUGGGGGGGCUGCCGUGGCUCUUCACAGCUGUACAAAUGCACCUCCACUGGGGAAGCGGUGGGCCGAGCCACGGAGGCAGUGAACACACCAUCAACGGAGUGAGUGCAGAUGCAGAGCUUCAUGUGGUGCACUAUAACUCUGAGCUCUACUCCAACAUGUCCAUAGCCAUGACCCAGAAGGACGGCCUGGCUGUUCUAGGAAUUCUCAUUGAGACAGGUGAGGAGACAAACACAGCAUUCAACAACAUCCUCAACUACCUGAGCCGCAUCAGACAUGCAGAUCAGAAGGCGCUCAUCCCAGCCUUUGACGUCCAGUCCCUGCUCCCAAAGGACCUUGGACGCUACUACCGCUACAACGGUUCUCUGACGACACCACCCUGCUAUCAGAGUGUAUUCUGGACAGUAUUCAGUGAGAAGGUUCAGAUCUCAAAAGCACAGCUAUACAAAAUGGAGACAAUACUUUAUUCUAGUAAAGCUGAAGAAAAAGACAGAAUGCUGCUGCAGGACAACUACCGCAUGACACAGCCGCUCAACCACAGAGUGAUCUUUGCCUCAUUCUCUGCAGACUCAGGGAAGGAGCUUUCCUCUGGUGAAGUCACAGCUAUUGUGAUAGGAGUGAUGUGUGGCUGUGUUGGUCUGGCAGUAGUUGUUCGCUUCAUCAUCAAGACAAUUCGAUUUUUUACUCUCCUCCACCAUGAAACAGUCGCGGUAAACAGCUCUACCUCUAGCUGGGACGUCCUGCACAGUAUCCGGCCUGCACCUAUGCCAAGGAUGAAUGAUCUGGAGAAAGCAAAGGAUAAAAAACAAGACAUGGCCCUCAAUUCAAACUCCGAUGCAGAAAAGAGGGAAGAGCCUUCACCGUGUCCUCAGACAGAGCCUUAGCUGACAGAACGGUCCACUUCAGGUCUUAUCAAGAUACUUUCAGGCAUUUUCUUCUUGUCAUUGAUCACUGAUCUCCAGCUCCUGCAGGGGCAGAAAAAAACAGAAAAUGCAUUUUCACUCUUCAGCUACAAAAGACAAGAGGACAGAUAAAUCUUACGUUUCCUGCUGCGUUUGAUCAUAUGUUUUUCCCAGUGAUUGUUGGCACUGUUCAUACAUUUGCAUGUAAAGUAUUUGGUGUAAAUAUGACAGAUUUCUGGCUUUGUUGUAUGUUCGCUCCUUCAAUGCCAGGGAUGCAUGGAACACUUGUAAAUACUGUGUAAAAUACAUUUUGUUGCAUUUUUCUGUCACAAAAAUGUUAUUGAUUCCUCCUUGAUGAGCACAUUGUACUGUAAAAAUGUAAUAGAUGAUGAUGUUAAAUCACUUUACCCUCACAUUAAAACUAAUUUGAUAAUUUGGCAUUAGAAAGCACAAGAUGUUCUGUUAAAUCAUUCCCAGUUCAAUGAUAAAGACCUAAAGGACUUGAAGUGUUUGUAUAUACAGAAGUUGUCUGAUCUUAUGAAAUCAAAUCAACAUAUUAUGUUGUAUAUGGAGGAGCUAUAUUUAUGUGUCCGUGUUCUUUCUGUUGAAGAAGCUAAUUUUGGUGCCAUACUUCCUGUUUUAUCUUUGUUUGAUCUUUGCUGUAUAUAGAUAUUCAGUAGGCACCAAAUUAAAACGUGAAUGGUAACAUCA